AUGAAGGUGAUAAUUGCUGUAUUUAUUGUUGGAUUGAUCGGAACGGUAAAUUGCCUGAACCGAAAUCCGUUGAUAAGAGCUACGGAGGAAACUCCUAAACCAACUACUACAACUACUACUAGCUCAACCCCAAAGCCACUGGUUGACUGCGAUGUUCUGACCGAUAACAAAGACGAGUUAAUCCUGUUGCCCAAUCCCGUGAAUUGCAAGAGUUACUACGUCUGCGUUGGAUUAGAUCCGAUUUUAAUGCCUUGCCCUGAUGGUCUUCACUUCAAUCCUAAAUUGAAAGUCUGCGAUUGGCCCAAUCUUGCUAACUGCAUUUCUCAGUUUAAUAUUUGUUGA